CAGCGCUUGAGCCUGAGAAAGGACAUUCUUGUGCCGAGGUCUAUAUCCUUCUUAUACUUUGUGAUCAAACGUGUAUGCUCGGGUCCUCCUAAUACCUGCUGACUACCGUAACCUGUUAGUCAUGGCAUUAUCACUCCCCUCAGCCUACUUCAUUGCUUUAGGGCUCGAAAUUCUUCUAAAUGGAAUAUACACUAGCCUUUUCAUUGCCUCGAUGUAUCUGCUAUUAAUGAAGAAGAAAAAGACCAAGGUCAUCAUGGUUAUGACCGUGUUGAAUUCUAUCAUGUGGGCAGUAGCGACAUCCCAUAUGUCUGUCAGCUUUCAACAGAACUACUUUGCUUUUUUAAAGCAACAUGCCGCAGAAGGUGGCGAUGUCUUUGAAGACAAUGCCUCCCCGACAAUUUAUUCGCAGCUAUCUUUGGAGGGGAUCAACAUUGUGAUUGGCGACAGUAUCGUAAUAUGGAGAGCCUGGACUUUAUGGAGUCGAAAGACCUGGGUGAUAAUAACAUCAGGCGACACUUCUUACGGGCACGGCGGUUCGUGGGGAAUCGCCUUCAUCGUCUUUACGCUGGUAACGAACGUCUGGGCCACGUCUCUCGUAGCUUAUCGUACUUGGUCACAUAGCAAGAUAAUCCGUGAAAUCACAGGAGAGGGCCUCAUGGAUAGAUUUCGCAGGCAGAAUGGUAUCUUGGCGAUACUUAUCGAGUCAGGCGUUUUUUAUUCUACCACCUGGUUUAUUGCGAUCAUCGCCUUUAUUUGUGGGAACAAUGGGGUCUACAUCGUCGUAGAUAUGCUUUCUCAGCUCACGGUAGUCUUCCCAUUGAAAUAUUCAAUCAACAUAAUGCUCAUUUUCUGUUAUAUAUAGGCAAUCUACCCCACCCUAAUCAUCACUCUUGUUUGCCUACAAUCUACUCUUGAGGUUGCUAUAUCCACAUUCGACCAGACAACACAGACCAAUCCCGAAUGGGCCGCAAGAAGUGCCGUCCGAAGAAGGAGACGCAAUGAGUCAAGCAUAGUCACGGGAACAUCAAUGGCCUAUCCGAUGCAACCUAUGAAGAUUGGAAUGCAAACCACGACUCACACGUCUACUAGUGGACAACCAGACUUCGGAAGUACAACUGAGGAACUCGCCGUUGAUACGAAACCUCGCAGUCUUUCGGGUGAUACCGGUGGGGAUGAUGGUGAUAAGAACGUGUCGCAUGCUGUCUGAAUGCAUAAUUUGCGCUCUCCUGGGAUGUUGAUAAAUUUACUUAUUCAACUCCACUUCUUUCUGUAUUCAUGAUUGUAUUUGAACGAAAGCUUCUUUGAUGUACAAUAUACUUUUCGGUUC